UCAUCUAAUUUCAUUCGAUCGAUAGAUAAAUCUAAGGGUCUGUUUGCCGAUCUAAGAGUAAUAAUAAAGAAUUCUUUGAUGCUUUCAGGUGUGAAUUGAUCGUAGACCCUAAUUCGUUUUCAUCGGACUCACCUGCUGUACCUUCAUGAUGGCGGAGCCGAUCCCUGAGUUUACAGUUAUCUGUAUUGACAAUGGUCGGAGGGCUGUGUAUUGUGAAGAGGUGUAUCACGCUCAAGUUAAGGCUGCUAGAUUGUAUUGUAAAACUGUAUUAAAGUGUGACCCAAAGAAUAUUGUGAGCAUUAUCACAAUGAGUUCGUUAGGAUUUGGUGUGCUGGUUCAUCCAACUAGUGAUCUAGAACAAAUCAUGAGUGCCCUUCGAUAUGUACCUUGUCAAGGUGAAGGUGAGACAGAAGUUCAAUGGGCUUUGGCUAGUGCAUGUGCUACUUUUUCCAGUGCUCCCUCAGAUAUGAACAAAAGGUUACUUAUGUUUAUUGGAAGUACUAUAUCUCUGCAUCUUAGCGAAGCAAGCUCAUAUGGAAAGAAGCUCAAAGAGAGCGGUGUAGCUGUGAAUAUUUUCAACUUCUUUCGGUUGAAAAUAGACUCACCUUAUUUCAAUCCGAAGUCUAGUGUAUUAGAGGGUAAUUACCAUUAUGGGAGGGCAGAGCUUGAUCUACUUCUGGCUACUGUCAAUGAUGAUGGGUACAGCCACAUAGUAGAUAUUGUAUAUGAUUAUGAAUCUUCUGUUAUUGAUCAUCUUCGCAAGUCUAUAUUAAAAGAUCAUGACCAUUACUUAAAGAAGAAAGCUGCUAUAGACAAUGAGAAGAACAAAAGUGCUGCAGAUGAGAAGAAUAAAAGUGGUAAAGCACAGGAGUUUAAUGAGAAGAAUAUAGGUGCUGCAAAUGAUGGAUAUGGUAAGCGUUUCUCCAGGAAGAAAGAAAGCAAAAGAGGACAAAAAAACUAAGAGAGUUGGAAUAUGGUAAACAUUCCCACCUUGUGACAGAUUUUUAGCCUGGAGAGAAUGAAAAGGUGAAGUUGUAAGCUACCUGAGUCACACGUCCAAACCGAGAUCCACUUGACAAGAUUGAGUCUAGCUUAAAUUUUCUUGUUAGCCAUUUUAGACCAUAAUAUUUAGCAGCAGCCAUGUUAGUUUUAGAUUUCUUGGUCCAAGUAUGCGAUUUUUGUCAUUUCAGCUUCAAUCUUCAUUUUCUCUAUUAAUUAUCUUAA